GAGAGGUCUUCCCGGACCAGGGAUCAAACCCGUGUCCCCUCCAUUGGCAGACAGAUUCUUAGGCUUUGCGCCAGCUCAUUUUAAGAGAGAAUUACAGGAGCCUCCCUGGUGGCUCAGUGGUAAAGAAUCUGCCUGCCAGUGCAGGAGACAAUGGGUUCGAUCUCUGGUCCAGGACAAUGUCACAUGAUUCUGAGCAACUGAGCCAGUGUGUUGCAACUGCUGAGCCCACAUGCCGCACCUGCUGAAGCCUGUGUGCCUAGGGACCGCGCUUCACAAUAAGAAAAGCCCCUGUGAUGAGAAGCCCAUGAACUGCAGCGAGGGCAACUAAAGAGAAACCCGCACAGCAACGGAGGCCCAGCAGGGCCAAAGAUGGAUCUGACUGGCAUAGAAUCUAUGGAUCAGUGUCGCCAUACCUUGGAACAGCAUAACUGGAACAUAGAGGCCGCUGUACAGGACAGGUUGAACGAGCAAGAGGGUGUACCAAGUGUUUUCAACCCACCGCCAUCUCGGCCCUUGCAAGUGAACACAGCUGACCACAGGAUCUACAGCUAUGUUGUCUCAAGACCACAACCAAGGGGCCUGCUUGGAUGGGGUUAUUACUUGAUAAUGCUUCCAUUCCGGUUUACGUAUUAUACAAUACUUGAUAUAUUUAGGUUUGCUCUUCGUUUUAUACGGCCUGACCCUCGCAGCCGGGUCACUGAUCCCGUUGGGGACAUUGUUUCAUUUAUGCACUCUUUUGAAGAGAAAUAUGGGAGGGCACACCCUGUCUUCUACCUGGGAACGUACAGCCAGGCACUUAAUGAUGCCAAACGGGAGCUUCGCUUUCUUUUGGUUUAUCUUCAUGGAGAUGAUCACCAGGACUCUGAUGAAUUCUGUCGCAACACACUCUGUGCGCCUGAAGUUAUUUCACUGAUAAACACUAGGAUGCUCUUCUGGGCAUGCUCCACAAACAAACCUGAGGGAUACAGGGUCUCUCAGGCUUUAAGAGAAAACACCUAUCCAUUCCUGGCCAUGAUUAUGUUGAAGGAUCGGAGGAUGACUGUGGUAGGACGUCUAGAAGGCCUCAUUCAGCCUGAUGACCUCAUUAACCAGCUGACAUUUAUCAUGGAUGCAAAUCAGACUUACCUGGUGUCCGAACGCCUAGAGAGGGAAGAACGAAACCAGACCCAGGUGCUGAGACAACAACAGGAUGAGGCCUACCUGGCCUCUCUCAGAGCUGACCAGGAGAAAGAGAGAAAGAAGCGAGAGGAGCGAGAACGGAAGAGGCGGAAGGAGGAAGAGGUGCAACAGCAGAAGCUGGCAGAAGAGAGGCGGCGGCGGAAUUUACAAGAGGAGAAGGAAAGGAAGUUGGAGUGUCUGCCCCCAGAGCCUUCCCCUGAUGACCCUGAAAGUGUCAAAAUCAUUUUCAAAUUACCCAAUGAUUCUCGAGUAGAGAGACGAUUCCACUUUUCACAGUCUCUAACAGUAAUCCACGACUUCUUAUUCUCCUUGAAAGAAAGCCCUGAAAAGUUUCAGAUUGAAGCCAAUUUUCCCCGAAGGGUGCUGCCCUGCCUCCCUUCAGAGGAGUGGCCCAACCCCCCAACGCUGCAGGAGGCCGGACUCAGCCACACAGAAGUUCUCUUUGUUCAGGACCUAACAGACGAAUGACACUUUCUUCCUCUUCUCUCCCACCCCAAUCCCCAAAAGAAAUGGAAAAAAACAAAAAAAUAAGAGAGAUUCAUAUUAUUAUUAUUAUAAUACAAUAUUUUUUUUAAAGACUGCUGCAUCCUAAGGAAGGAUCAGAAACCAUGCUGCCUGCAAGAGUCACCACCUGUGUGCGCACGCGAGGUUAGCAGUGAACGUUCCCGCUGGCAAGCCCACCCUUCCCUACUGCCUCUGCACCAUACACCUUCCGAUGAAAGGAGACUCUUCACCUCCAACCCAGCCAUUCUUCCAACUGCGGAAGGGGACAUUCCCACUAGAUCUCAUGCAUUCUUGCUUUUAUGGAAAAUAAAAGUGAAAACCUUCAUCAAACAGCUACUGCAGCAUCUCCUGAGGACUCGGUUCUCCCACCUCCAGAGAAGAGAGGGAAGAGAAGGCACAGAGCAGAGAGAUGUUCCUUCAACUUCCUACAAUUUAUGAAUAAUUUUAAAUUUUUUUCUGUUGCUUUGUAAUGACCAAAGGAAUGAGGCUGACAUAGGUGUAUUUGUUUUCCUUAACAUUAUUUGAUAAAGACCAGUUUUUAAACCCAUGAAUUCUUGCCCUGGGCUCCUUGGCCCACAAGAGUGUAAUAAAGGUGCCCUGGGCUGGUUUGUACUUCUUUCUGCCAUUGUCCCUCUCUCGUUCCCAGAGAGGUUCUUUUUGGUCCAACUCUGGCUCUCCUUUCUUGCCACCUGUGUACCCCCCUUGGGGCAAUGGGAGGAAGUCCGGGUUUGUAGCCCUGCAAAGGUUGUGUGUGUACCAGUAUACCCAUAUAUGUGGUAUGAGCUCCGUGUAGAUUUACCUAUACAUAAAACUGCAGCAUUUCCUUGGAA